AUGACAUUUCCAAUUCGAGAAUUGGAAACAACUACACCGAUCAGCGAAAGUAGAACGGAGACGAAGGAAGAAGGGGAAAUCGAGGCUGUGCCAAUGACGGAACAGGUUAUAGAUCCUGAUGUGAGGAUGACCGACGUGCCUGACGUGGACGAACCCAGCGAAGAUUGGGACGCCGAAUGGGAUAAGAAUAAGGUCAUUCGAGACGUCGCCUAUUACAUUCGAGCGCAUAAAUUUCAAGACUACGAUCGAAGAUACUACAGGAGACCGGAGGACUCUCGGGGCAGACUCUACGAAGAGUUCCCGAAGCCUCCUUUGAGGUCCUUGCACUGGGAAGUGCGCAAAUACUGUGACGCGAGCUUCGUCGAGUGUCUAAAGUAUCUGGAAGGCGUGAUUAAGGAUACUCCCCUGAAGCGAGAAGACGACACUGUGACAAUCAUGAAAGAACAGAAGUGGAAGGUUGAGAACAAUACCAAGCAGAUCCAGGCAGUUCAAAGGGACUGUCAGACGGCACAGAGGCGUGACGAACUAACCGCGCUUCCCUUCCAGGGUCCAAUUGAACGAUUUCAGUGGCGCAGCACGGUGAGCUACUACAUGUGCUGGUACACGAUGCUCGGCGUUCCAGAGCUGAGCAUCUUCGGCGAAUCCUGCGACAACUAUGCCAACUGUCAGACGGAACACGAAGGCGGAAACGGUGAUCCGCGAGCCGAUGACACGCAGCCGUAUGCCUGUGCCCUUUAUAGUUUCUGUCCGGAUCACUGUUGUCCUAUCAGGCACAUCCGUGACAUGACGGAUUGCUAUCAGUCGCCAGUGAAUCCUUGUUACGCCGCAAACCCACCGGAGCACAGAACGUGCACGUUGAACAGGCAAGAAAAUCAGGAUUUCUUCAGCCUGAUAGCCAACCAGAUAAACAUCAGCUGCGAGUGCCUGGAAUCUGGCUACGAAUGGUCCUCGAGAUUCGGUCUCUGCGUGGACGUGAACGAGUGCACCAGAGGAGAGCACAGUUGCUCCAUAAACGACGGAGAGGCGUGCAUGAAUAUGCCAGGUGGUUACCAGUGCAUCUGCAAAAUCGGUUAUGUUUACGAUUCAGGAAGAAGAGAAUGCGUUUUCAGCUCCGCCAUCCAUGAAUUGUUGGCUGGAGAGAAGAAUGAGACGAACGUCACCGAAACGAAGAAUAUCCUCGAGAUGGUGGUCAAAGCCAUCACUAGAUCGAGUGACAAUUCCCUAAGAAUCAAUUAUUCCAUUCUUUUUCUUGUAAUGUUGAUGUAUUUUUUAGCGACAGAAUAA